UCAACAGGCGAAGAUUGUAUUGCAAAGCUCCGUGAUAUCAUAGAAAAUGAUCUCCAAUUGCAAUCAAACAUCGAGAACGCCCACAGGAUCGGGCCCUUCAAGGAUGAUGGCACUCCCAGACCAAUUUUGGCUAAGUUUUUGUAUCGUCCGGAACGGUUUAGAGUUAUUAAAAAGAAGCGGGAUCUACGUGAUGGUGUGCGCGUUUCGGAUGAUUUGAUAUGGGAAGACCGUCAAAAGAAGAAACAAUUGAGAUCUGUUAUGAAAGAAGCAUUUGAAGCUGGGAAAAGAGCUAGAUUUCAUCAUGGCAAGCUUUAUAUCGACGGCGAGCUACAUCAGGCUUGAGAUGUUUGAACAGUAUACACUUUUGUUUAUGUGUAAGUCCCAUCUUAAAUGUCUACAUAGCUUUAUAAUUAUCAUUUAUCUUAAAUUGUUUACUUUUAAAUUUCGUCAAGCUAAAACUUUGUGCAAAUGACCCAAGAGUCCUCUGACCCUGAUUUAAAUUUACAAUUGCUAAAUGAUCAUGGGAUUUACACAGUUGAAGAAAUUAACGAGUUGUCUCGUACUGUCAAACCUCAAUACUCUGUUAUUCACUUAAAUACAAGAAGUUUAAAACAACAUUUCGAACAAAUGUGCAAUCUUCUGGAUUCGAUUUCAUGUAAGUUUGAUUUUAUCGGUUGCUCCGAGACAUGGUUCACCUCUGAAACUGAUUAUACACGUUUUCAAAUCCCAGGUUACACUUUACUCAAUGAAAAUCGCACCUUUUCGACAGGCGGCGGUGUUGCUUUGUAUGUCAGAUCAGGCUAUUCUUUCUCAAUUAGAAAUGACCUCAAAAUAGACUCAAUUGAAAACCUAUGGAUAGAAACUAAUGAUAUGAUUGUGGGUGUCAUUUAUAAACCCCCAAAUUUUUCAAACCCAGAAUUUUUAGACAAACUUGAAAGAACUCUACACAAUGUUUUUCUCUCUAAGAAAAAAUGCAUUUUAAUGGGUGAUACUAAUAUAAAUACUCUUACAAAAACAAGUGUCUCUAAGGAAUAUAUUAAUUUAAUACAAUCAGAAGGAUUCAGUCAGCUGAUCUUUGAAGCAACACGUAUUACUGAAAAUUCACAAAGCUGCAUUGAUCAUAUCUUUACAAAUAUUUCGACUUCCUGCUCAAGUGGCAGCCUCGCAGUUGAGAUUGCGGAUCAUCUACCAGUCUUUACUAUUUUGUAUGACCCGAAAUUUAGUCCUUUUCCUGAUUAUUUCGAAUUCAGAGACUUUCGGAGUUUUGAAGAUGAAAAUUUCAAAUUAGAUCUACGAAGAGAGAGCUGGGAUUCUAUUUACAAAUGCAAUGAAGUAAAUGAAAGUUAUACCAGGUUCCUACAUAUUUUCAAUAAAGUAUCGUGACUGCUUUUAUAAUGACAUAUUAAUCAAAUCAGAUAACACGAAAAAGAUGUGGGAUAACAUCAAUUUAUUGAUAAAUAAGAAGCGGCCAAGUUCUCACAUAGAAAAACUACAAGUGGAUAAUAAACGAUAUGAACAACCUUUAACUAUCUCCAACUGCCUUAACGAUUUUUUUUGUAGUGUCCCUUCUACACUAGCAGCACAACUGCCUAAAUCUGAUAAGAGUGCAACCUCUUAUCUUUCUCAGAAACGAAAACAAUUUCGCUUCGCACAAGUCUCUGAAAUAGAGGUAUUCUUAUUACUAGAAAGUCUUGACACAAACAAGUCGUUCGGGAUUGACAAGAUUCAUCCACUAUUGUUAAAAACUGCAGCACUUCAAAUAUACCGUCCUUUAACUUUUAUUUUUAAUCUUUCCAUCAACAAAGGUAUUUCUCCUGAUAGUAUGAAACUUGCUAAAGUUGUUCCAAUUUUUAAACAAGGCUCUCGUUUUGUAUGUAGUAAUUAUCGACCUAUCUCAGUUCUCUCCUCUAUAAGUAAAAUAUUUGAGAGAUGUAUUUUUAAUCAGCUGAUGUUCUAUUUUACGUAUAACAAUAUGAUUUCCCAAAACAAUAUGGAUUUAGACCAGGUUUCUUUAUUCUUAGAUUUAAGUAAAGCAUUCGAUACAGUAAACCAUCAAAUAUUACUAAAUAAACUUAAGUACUACGGAUUACAACAAAGUGAAUACAACUGGUUUCAAUCCUACUUAAAUAAUAGGAAACAGCAGGUGCAUGCAAAUGGUGUUGCUUCCAAUACACGUUUUAUCUCCACUGGUGUGCCUCAAGGAUCGAUACUAGGACCUUUGCUGUUUAUUAUUUUCAUUAAUGACCUUCCAAAGUCUUCCACCUUUUUUUCUACCAGAUUAUAUGCAGACGAUACAUCUCUAACAGCUUCUGGAAGUGAUCUUGACAGUUUAUUGCGUGAAAUUAACAAUCAUUUACCAGCUGUCUACGAAUGGUUAUGCAGUAAUAAAUUGACCUUAAAUUUGACAAAAACUAAGUUUCUUAUCUUUAUGCCUCGUCAAAAGGAAAGCUACAAUCUUUAUCCACCACUAACCGUAGCAAAUGUUCAUCUAGAGAAGUCCUUUUGUGUAAAAUAUCUUGGUGUGUAUAUUGAUUGUCACCUUACUUGGCAUGACCAUAUUGAUUACAUAUGUGGCAAAAUUAGCAAAAAUAUAAAUAUAAUGGUUAAGUUGAAGCAUUAUGUAUCAAAAGCAACACUUAUUAGUGUGUAUUAUUCUCUUAUUUAUCCUUACCUUACUUAUGCUUGUACACUUUGGGGAAAUAAUUAUAACGCUCCAUUGUCUCAAAUCGUAAAGUUACAAAACAAAGCGGUUCGUGUUAUAAAUGAUGUUCCUUUAAUGGAAUCAAUAACUCCACACUACACAUCCUUAGGCCUUCUGAAAUUUCCUGAUAUUGUUAAACUGAACACA